AAGCAACAUUCGCGGCAACGGCAGCAGCGGCGGCAACGUCAACGCUCAAUCAGUUAACGAGCGAGCGGGCGCUCAGACGAACGGAACGCCAAAAACUGAAGAGCUGGAGCCCCCGAGAGCCGUCCGCUGUCGCUGGGUCGUUCGAUUAGCGACGUGGUGAAGUUAUGUACAUAUGUAAGCGUAUAUAUUCGGCCACAACAACAACGGAGGAGACAGAAAUUCGUUCAAAAUUCGUGAAAUCUGCUGAAAUGCCAGUCCCAGCAGCGUAAGACAAAGCCAUGGCUCAGCUCGAGAAUGUGGGCCAAGGUCAGCAUGCCGUUGUCGGCCCCAUGCUCGCCUCCGCCAUGCUGCUCGUGGGCCUUCUCUUUGCCCUGCUCGGCAUCAAGAUCUGGGGCUUCCGGCGUCGCCUGACCUUCGACCGCAGCGGCGGCUCGUCCAGAUCAUCCCCGGCACAGGCCCAGCAGGCGCCGGCCCGCUAUGCAGCCCAGGAGUCACAGGUAAACGGCACAGACAAUGCAGUCCAUGGGGUGUUCCGGCAGCGCAAUCUCGAGGAAUUCGAAAGCUCGUGGCCUUCAUCGACAUCAACGGUCAACAGCUACUUGGCGGGAAGUGUGCCGAACCUUCGAAUGGGAGAGCCGGCCGAAGUCUUGUACCGGGCACCGCCCCAGGCACAGCGUCGUCGCCGCAAGGAGGUGCUCAGCGCUCACUCUGACAGCUAUUCAGCGCCGCCCACCCGCAUGCCGCCCUCUCCGCCCACUCGGGCGGUGCCACCAGCAGAUCUGGCAGUGGCCGUGGUGCCCGAUCCGCCCAGCGAACUGGGAAUACCGAACUUCGAUCACUUUGCGGAGAAGUACGCACUGAUUAGCGCAGCACAGCAGACAGAGGAUGCGGCCAGGACGACGCAGCUGAGGAGCAAGGACAGCGGGCGCUACGUGAAGUUCGAUCCGGUCGAUGAUGUGCCCGAGCUUCUGACCCCCGACGACGACCAGGGCGGCACCUCAUCCCUCUCCGUGACUGCUGUGGUGCACCGCGGGGCCCCCUCCGCCGACGAGCACGAGUCGGAAAUGACGUCCAGCAGUCAGGAAGCCGGCGAUCAGUCCGCGGACUCGGCAUUCGUUGUGGCAGUGAUUGCGGGCAGUCCGGAGGCGACAACCCCACCGCAAGCGCCACUUGGACAUAGCCUCUUUGACGACCUGGAAAUGCCAAGUGGCGAGCAGGACCCAGAGUUUGUGCGCAUCCGCUCCUCUUUUGUGAUGAACGAGGCGGACAUCUUGGACCAGCCUGCGGCGGGCAGCCCGCCUGGCUUCGGCAAGAGCAUCGAGGAGGACUGGGAGAACUGGGAGAACCUCGACGCCGUCGCAGAAGUGCCUGAGCCCAACUGGGCGCUGCAUCCCGGAGCCCUGGAACAACUUCCCCCUGUGGAAACGACUCUCAGCGAAGCCACCCUGUCGCUGGACAACGUGGAGCAGCUGCCCCCCGUGGAGACCACACUGAGCGAAGCCACUCUGGCGAUGGACAACUUAGAGCAGGUAGAGGGGCUGUUCCAUCAGCUGGAGCUUAUGGAGCCAGCUCCACGGGGGCAUCCGGAGGCCCCACCAGGUCUUCAGUCGGUCGAACCGCCGCCCUACGACCCCGGCCCGCCCUACCUGCCUGACUACGAGUCCCUGAUGCAGCUGGAGGACUCGCGGGCCAGCCACACCUUGCCCAAGUACACCGAGGCCGUGGGAGGCGAGCGAUUUGUGAGCAGCAUAGAGGAUCUGUAUGCCGAACUGGAAACGAACGGAGGCACAGGAGGUACAGGACCGAACAGUUCUGAAGCGCCGACAAAUGGAAUUGACAAUUUCGAGGAUCUGUGCCAGGAAAUGGCCGUGGCCGAGGCACCGCGACCAGCACCUCAGCCUGCUCCGCGCUCUACCAAGACCAGCACACUCAAUGUCCGUGGCGAUGCGACUCCCCUGCCUUGCUACCAUCCCGAAGAGCUGCCCGGCUCCAGUUCCAGCGAGGACGAAGCGCGAAGCGCACCGAGGCCUGCCCAGCGAAACCCACGCACGCUCAAGGUGCGCUUCGACGUGGAGAACCUGCAGUACUACCAGUCCGCAGAGGUAGUCGCCUCGUCGAGUGGAGAGUCUGAGGAGGAUCACCCUCCGCCGCGCCCCAUGAUGCGCUCGACCAUAUUCGAGCCGGAGCCGGAGCCGGAGCCGGGGCACAACAGUGUGCCAAGCCUGUUCGGGGCACAGGUCUCGCAGGGCGACAGCAGCGACGACGAGGCCUUCGGACGCGCCAUCAGCCAGCAUCGCACCAUGACAGCAGCACUGCGGACAAUGCAGAACGAUACGGAUGCCUAGGAACAAGACCAGCCCGUCCGUUUCCGUCGAUUUCCUUAGCAAAUACAGUAUUUUAUGUGUAAAUUUAAUGCCUGCUGGCUGGCUCUUUCCCUGGCUCUGGCCAAGGCCCAAUAACGAGUAUGUACUAGCAUGUACGAUUAUAUGUGUACAUUUCAAAGAUAAGUUGCCAUAUAAUGUUGACUAUAUUAUAAUUAUAAUAAACAAUAUAGCAGGAA